AGCUAUGCAACCGUCUCCGAACAUUCGCUGACGGGCAAUGACGGAGAAGUCUAAUCUGGGCUUCAGGCGGCUCUCGGAGAGGAGAGCGUGGGUUGAUUGUCAAGCGGCAACGGAGAGGAGGGUGGAGAGAGUAGCUCGCGGCUUUGCAGCUCAGAAUGGAACAAUAGAGGCAGGGGCGAGAGCCUGAGCCGCUGCUACAAAACAAAGAGCGGCUGGAGACAGGUCCACGCCCCGCUCUCCACCCACUCCCCGUCUUCCCUCCCUCACGUCUCUUCGCUUUUGCUCUAACCUGCUGGAAGGGAAGGGAAGGGAAGAGAGCAGCCGGCCGGGAGCCUCACCGGCACCAAGCGAGCCUUUCGAUGCCCAAGCACCCGCGCCAUUCUUCGACAGUUUCCCCAACACGCCGGGGAUCAGAGAAGAGAAACCUUGGCACAGAUACGCUUUCGUUCUUCACCUUCCUUUCGUCUUUCUAAUUCCUUCGCUGCGAACUUGCUUUUGGUUGCCAAAACAGUCGGAGAACAGGCGGACAAAAGGCUUUUGUCAACAGCUGCUUUGCAAGCGGCGGCGGCAGCAUCCAGGAAAGUUAAACGGGGCGCCGAGGCGGAUGGAGAGUUUCUCUGGAAAAGCAGGGUGCCGCUUCUGCCGCCCUCGUCCUGCGAUUUCGGCCGAGGGAUGGCCCUGCUCUCCCUAACAUGCGGCCGCGCUCCCCUUCCGGCUCCGCUGCUUCCUACCUGCGUCUCGGUGGGGGUGGUAGUUCAUCCCCCUGCCGCCUCCGCCGUGGUCUCGACAGAGUUAGCUACUCCGCGACGAGCUUCUGCGCCGGGACUAUGCAAGACCUCCGAGGAGAACAAAACUGCAUUAUGUGGAUCUCACUCCUGGCUUUCCUAACGGUCGGGCUCGUCUCGCUGCACAAAUGCCAGCGGCAUCCCGGCCCGGUUCUGGGAAUGAGUCGCCUGCUCGCGGUAGUUGUGCCAGGCUUGGGGCAGCGCCCAGACAACAGAUGUAUCGUAUCAAAUGCAGCAACAUGUACUGCCUGUCUUGCAGUGGGUCCUGAAUGUGGUUGGUGUGUUCAAGAGGAUUUCAUGGCUGGAACAAAGCUGAAAGAAAGAUGUGACAUAGUUUUACAUUUAAUCCAAAGAGGCUGCAAGCCAGAUUUCAUAGAAAGUCCUAAAGUUGAUGUAACAGUGCCCAGCAAUGAGGCUAAUAUUCAAGUCAUACCAGGAGAAGCUUCAGUGCACCUGCGUCCAGGCUCUGAAGCAAGUUUUAUGCUGAAAAUCCAUCCACUGGAAAAGUAUCCUGUUGAUCUUUAUUAUUUGGUUGAUGUAUCUGCAUCUAUGCACAGACAUAUAGAACGAUUAAACUCUGUUGGAUUUGAAUUAUCUCAGAAGAUGGAAAAUAUCUCCAUUGAUUUGCAACUUGGAUUUGGAUCCUAUGUAGAUAAAACAGUGUCACCCUAUAUUAGCAUUCAUCCAAAAAGAAUCCAUAAUCAGUGCAGUGAUUAUGAACUUGAUUGUAUGCCACCGCAUGGUUUUAUUCAUGUUUUAUCACUGACUGACAAAAUAUCAGAAUUCAGAAGUGUAAUUAAUAAGCAGAAAAUCUCUGGAAAUAUUGAUACACCUGAAGGAGGCUUUGAUGCUAUGCUUCAGGCAGUGGUUUGUCAGAGCCAUAUUGGUUGGCGUAAAGAAGCAAAACGUCUACUUCUCAUGAUGACUGAUCAGACAUCUCAUUUGGCUCUUGACAGUAAAUUAGCAGGCAUAGUAAUUCCAAAUGAUGGAAAAUGUCAUUUGAAAGAGAACGUGUAUAUCAAAGCAAACAGUAUGGAGUAUCCAUCACUUGGCCAACUUUCUGAAAAGCUCAUAGACAACAAUAUUAAUGUAAUAUUUGCAGUCCAAGGAAGCCAAUAUCAUUGGUAUAAGGAUCUUUUGCCUCUGCUACCAGGGACUGUUGCAAAACAGAUAGAAUCAGAGACAGCAAAUCUUGGGGAUUUGGUACUAGAAGCUUACAAGAAGCUGCUUUCUGAAGUGAAAAUUCAGGUCGAUAACACCCUCAAAGAUAUACAUGUCAAAGUUAUUGCAAUCUGUCCUGAUGGAAGUAGAAAAAUGGGUUCAGAGGGAUGCAAGAAUGUGAAAUCAUCAACUGUAGUGUACUUUAAUGUUUCUAUUGCCAUGAAAGAAUGUGGUACAACUGGCAGAAGAAACCAUGUGAUGAUAAAACCCCUUGGUUUCAACGAAUCCUCUAGAAUUAACAUCCACAAAAGAUGUGUGUGUCAAUGUGAGGACAGUGGAAAAUACAAAAAAAUCUGCAUCAGUGAAACCCCUCAUGAUGAUGAAAUAUCCACCUGCAAGGACGGAGUCUGUGGUUCUAGUGAAAAAUUAUCUUCGGAGCAAUGUAAGAUGGAACAGGAUCAUCUUCUUUGCAGUGGACAGGGAGAAUGUGUACAUGGGAAAUGCAUUUGUUAUAAAAACAAAUAUGGUACAAUAUAUGGUAAAUACUGUGAAAAAGAUGACUUUUCCUGCCCAUAUUACCUUGGAAACCUAUGUGCUGGCAAUGGAGAAUGUGAGGCUGGCAAAUGCAAGUGUUUUAGGGGCUGGGAAGGUGAUCGCUGUCAGUGCACCUUAUCCUUGCAAAAACACUGCAUGAACUCAAAUGGCCAAAUCUGCAGUGGAAGAGGAACUUGUGUGUGUGGAAAAUGCAAAUGUGCUGACCCCAACAGUUUAGGACGUUUGUGUGAAUUCUGUCCUUCUUGUAGAAAAGUUUGCAAAGACAUGCGCAAUUGUGAAUCCUGCCGACACUUCAACUCUUCACAUAAUACACUUGGCCAAUGCAAAACCUCUUGCAAUUAUAGAAUGCAUUAUCUUGAAAGAUCAGAAUGCCUUUCUGAUGAUACGAGUUAUUUCAGAAUAUUUUUCAUUAUAUUUAUAAUAACAUUUUUGAUUGGUUUGCUUAAAGUGUGCAUAAUCCGUCAGAUAAUUGUAUAUUGUGACCAUAGUAGAAUCAAGUCUUCAGCAGGUUACAGAGUGCCUGCAGCCAAAAAGGAUAAGAUCUUCUUGCCUACCGUUUGUGCAAAAACAGUAACUUACCGGCGUGACAAGCCUGAAGAAAUAAACAUUGACAGGAGACAAGUAAAUGAAGCAUUCAAAUGCAGCUCUUGAAGACAAGAACCUGUUUCAUCUGAUCUUUUUUUUGUUGGUUGAGAAUGUUUUUUAAAAUAUAUUGUUUAAUGCUGUGGGAUUUACAAUUUUGGACACUGUAAUUUAAAAAAAAAAACUGACUUGGGAACCUAGUUGCACACAGCCUAGGUUUCAGAAAGAGCUGCUUGUUCAAAACAAAAACAAAUGUGCAUUAACUACUGUUUAAUGUGAUUAAAAUACUGGUUGCAGCUAAGAUGUAUUUGGAUUAGCAGCCAGUUGAAUCCCAUUUAAUAGUGAUAGGAUAACAUUGGCUUACAUGGAAAUGUUCUGGAACUUGGAUUUUAUAUUGAUUUGUAAGGCCAUUUGGUAUUGUAGCACUUUAACAUAAUAUAACUUAUUUAGUUGUGUUAUAGAAUAUUAAUUAAAACAUUUGUGGUAAAAAUGCACUGUUCUCACUUUAGAAGUAGCUUACACGGAUGGGGAUUAUAAUCACAAACUCCCAAAUCUCAUUCUAGAAAACGGUAACUGACAGAAAUCAAUAAAUCAGUUAUCCAUGAGUCUUCCUAUUCAGAACACUUGGGACAGAGUGGAAGCAGGGAGAAAACAAAUGAAUAUUAAAAACUCUGUUAGAAGGAUACAGUUACUCCUUAUUUUCCAACCUCAGUGGAUAGGAAGCCCAGGAUUUUCUAAUUGCACUAGUUUGGAAGAAAGUGAAAAAGUAUGCUUUCGCCCAGUUUGUUCAAAAUAUACGGAAGCAAUUAUCCCAAACGUAUUUUAUACGGUAGUAAUUCUCAUGGAACAUAUUUCCGUGACAGUAAUGCUUGCAAAUGUUCAGAAGCUGUUGGAGGAGUCUAUUCUUCCUGGCAGCUGAGUAUAUCUUAGAAGGCAAAACCACUUGUCUAAGGAAGAGUGUCUACAGAGUAUGGUCAAAGAAGGAAGAUGGUGGCCUUGACACUGAAAAAGAAGCUUGGCCUGUGGUUUUUUUUUCUGCAUCAAGCACCAGUGCAUUCACCAUCUUUUUUUUUUUUUUUACUAUAGUCUGCAAACAUCCUAUUUCCAAAUGAAGCACAAAUCCUAUGAGUCAGGAAAUCAAUCACUACAUAAUGUGUAUUUACUUCCUUAUUUGCAUUUAGUUUGCCUCAAAGUCUUCCUAAAAUUGGACAGAUUUUUUUUCUGUAAAAGAUAGGAGUAAAUGUAAUGAACUUUUUAAAUUAAAAUGUUACCGUCAAAUACAUCGAAUUCUUCUGUUAUGCAUCGAAUUCUUCUGUUAUGCAAAAAAAUGUAAAACGUUCAGUUGGAGUAAUAAAAGCAAUUUUCUAUUGUUCAGGAAAAAGGUGAAGAGGCAAAUUUGCCAGAUGAGAAUAAAUCUAGAUCACGACUCUGAUGAUAUGAUCCAAAUUAAAGCUACUUGACUAAAAUGAAAAUUAAUAUUUAAGCUCCAAAUUUUAUCCGGAAGCAAGUCCAACUAAAUUUGGAAAAGAGUUUAAUUUUUGGCUAAGCAUGCAGUAUGUACAAUAGUAUUUAAGACAUCAUCAUACAUGAAAUUCACAUCCUAAUACCAUGUUGGUGGAAUUUCUAUUGGUAUUCUAUUGGUAUCUUAUACUGAUAGCAAUUUCCAGGCAAAUUUAAAUAUCUGAAAAUGUGUGCAUAUCCCAUGGAUUAUUUUUAUUUUUAACAGAGCUAGGGACAUAUGUUCUAUUAACGCUUAAAUUGCACAACUGCAGAACAAUUUCUAUUACUGGAAAAAUAUAUACCUGUGGUUUUAUUUGGAUUGUCCUCAGGUCCCUUUUUUGCACGCUCUUAAAAAGGUACUAAGUGUUAAAAUAUUUUGUCUAAUAUAAUAUCUAGAAUUUCUGAUCAGGCUUUUCUACAGUUUCCAAAUAUAGAUACAACUAAAAUAAACCUAACUGAAAAUGUAUAUUUUGUAGUGUUUCCUGAUGCUUUUGUAUAAGGUGUAUUGUUCUGUUUUCCUUUUUUAAACAAAAAAAAAAGGUGAAUCAGUCAUGUUUUUUUGUAUUUAGGUUUUACUAUGUACCGGUAGAUUCUUUCUAGGAAAGAAAUAUGCAGAGAAUAAUAUCUUAUCAAAUUAAUAAUUUUAAAAAGUUGAAUUCCUAUUCUGUUUUACUAAAUAUUUUGUAGCGUCUGUGACUAACUCGUUUCCAUUUAUUUAUUGAUUUGUCACAUUAGUAUAUUGUGAGAAAGUCUAUUUUUCUAUGAGAGGUAUAAUAGUUGACAUUAAAUUAAUACUAGAUUAUGCAGUCUCAAUUAUUGUCUCUAAUCAACGUUUGAAGCUUGUUAUUUUUCUUUAACAAUAAAAUUUUAAUUAAAUAAAA